AUGGCUAACAGUUGUUGGUAUCAACCUUCUUUUGCGAGUUCGCCGAACGACAUUCCAUUUUUAACUAACGUCGAUAGAGCCCAAAUGGCGGAUCGAAAACGUACCACCCAUGGCAUCUUAAAGACAGCAAGUGCUGACAACGGCCCUAAUCUGAUUGCAAAGCGAGAUAUGAUGUUCAAUCACUGCCGUGGAGGACAGCGCCGCACUGUUAAACAUAAUAUGCGUAACGAGUCUUUCCGUUCUACUCUACUCAGACCUCUCCGAGGUGAAAGACCGAUCAGCUCGCUAUCCUCAUAUCAGCUACUUCACAUUGUUCACCGCAAUCCUCGGCCAUCACAUACAUGGCAGGAUGGAGUGUAUCAGACCAAUGAGGUGCCCAUAUCUCCAACAUAUCUCGACGACAACGGAUUCUACACUCAACAACAGAACUUGAAUCUCAUUGACGAUCAAUCACUUUCUUACGUUGCAUACCCACACUACCCCCUGGAUACUUCCAAUCGCAACUCCAUCAAUGUAAUGGAAUCUCUCUCUUCAGACCCACCUACAAACUACUUGAUAUCGUCAGCAGGCUACGGAAUGCCAUUAGCAGAUGAUACAUAUAGUAGCUCCACGUCUCAAACAGCAUUGUCGACACCGAACGUUCUCCCUAUUCAGCAAUUUAAAAAUGAACCAAACACUCCUCUUCUUAUUCCUGAUAGUGAUGAACACGGCGAAGAACUUGUUGGUGUUGGACUGUACGACGAACCAGAGGGAGUUCCACCAUGGGACAACUCUGACCCCGGUUGUUUGGGACUGGGGAGGGAUGGGGACUCGCCCGUGUGUUUGCAACGCGCGGGGGGUAAGGGACUGAAGCUGGAAGAAACAUUUGAUCCUUCCACCAUGAAAGAUUCGCAAGACGAUGAUGAUGACGAUGACGGUGGUCACGACGACGACGACGAAAGCCAACAGGAAGGAGAAAAAGAACACAACCAGGGAAGUGGACAAUGUGACGACUAUCGAGAGAUAAACCAUGGGGAGAAUGAAGUACAGACACCAGAGGAUUUCAAACCCCGAGUCGUUUUCCCGACGCAAGGGUCCCACAGCCCCUUCGCAAUACCUUAUCCCCAAGUUAACCUCAAUGAGCCUUGGGUUCUAUCAUCUCAACCAUGUGAUCCAGAGGCUAGCCCUGUCUAUCAACUUGAUAUGGCUGGCAGGUCGUUUUUCUUUGAGCACGAGCAAGACCCGGAUUUCAGCAUGGCAAAAGUGACACAACCAAUGAAUUAUCCGACCAAUAUGCUAAGGCGGCCCUAUGGCGGCCUUGAGAACGGUUGGGUAUGA